AUGAUUCAAAAAGUUAAAUUAGUUUGGUCAAAAACGAACCGUUGGCAUAGAGGUCUUCUGCUCUUUCUUGUGAUAGAACUACGACUAUUGCCUGCUGGACAGCUCGGUUUUACGUGUAAGGAUCCAGCGUUAUCGUACCCCUACACUGGAGACACGAUUAGUUGGAAACUGUUAUUGUUGACAAACAUCGUACUACCUCUUAUAGUUAUGUUAAUAGUAGAACGUAAGUACCAUAGUGACAAGAUAGUAAAAUCCAAAGAGCAAGCGCUAUGCUGGUAUAAGGAGUAUUUGUUCGGAUUGCUGAUCAAUCUUACAAUUGUGCAGCUGCUGAAGACGAUAGUGGGGUCACCUAGACCCCACUUCUUUGAUACUUGCGACCCAAAGGAGGCUAAAACGUGUCAAGGGUCAGAAUACGUUCCAAGCUACACAUGCUCGAAGGCCCAUUGGUUGAGUCAGUCAGACAGGAGCUUUCCAUCCGGCCACACGUCGCUUGCAGUACACACUGGAAUAUUUUUAGCUUACUACCUGUACCGUAGAACAAGUUCGCCGCGGUCCAAGGGCGUCCUGUCGCUGCAGCUGGCGUGUGUGGCCACAGCGGCGCUGUGCAGCGUGUCGCGUAUGACGGACCAUCGCCACCACUGGUGGGACGUGCUCGCAGGGGCCGCCAUCGCCGCACCCAUCUUGUUAUACACGAUUGACUCGCUAUGUGGUAACUUCAAAUGCUCACAGGAUCAGACAGCGGCUACAACAGAAGAGGCAGUGGAUUGCUCACAAUCCGUCGACUACGCUCCGUUACUGAGCGGCAAAGAGACGUACAGUACACAGUAUUAA